GAAGGCAGCAACGCUGCCCACCUGGCGGCGGCAGCCGGGAACGACGUCGUAUUCUCCGCUGUGGUGCGCGCGGCGCCGGUCUCCAUAUUGGCGGUAGACACCUCGGGCUCGACCCCGCUGGACAGGUACCAGUCCAACGACGAGAGUUUCCGGUCCAACCAGAUGCUCAAGGACGCCGCAGAGGACGCAACGUUGGCGUGCCUCGCCGCCUUCCCAGAGACCACUGCACGCGUGCUCCGGGGCCGGCCCAGCACGUCCGCGUUGUGGCAGUCCCUGUCCCGGCCGGUGGCCCAGCUGAUCCAGAGCCUGGGCUGGCUGGUGGAAGGAGAGGAGGGCGCGGAGGGGCACCUGCGGGCGGCGGGCCAGCUGGCCUGGCUCCGCGAGGGAGAGGAGGUGGCCCGGCUGCGCCACGCGAAGCAGCGCCUCUGCCUGCUGGAGGCCGCUGCUGGCCGCACCGCGCGCGAGCGGGCCGCGCUCGAGCCGGAGGAGCUGCGCCUGCGCGCCGCGCAGGCCGAGGCCCAGGCCCAGCGGGCCGCGGAGGAGGC